AUGGAACAAGAGCAAGAGUUGUUUCAAGAAAUUGCAUCUGUAGAUUUUCUUAAUUUUUCAUUUGGUUCUAAAGCUUACAGCCAACAAUUAAAGGAUGCGUUUAAACGUUCUGGUUUAGUAUGUGGAGUUACGUGUCUAAUUCGAUAUAUAAAUGGAAUUAAAGUGGUUUGGAUGAGACAUGAAUUUGAUUUUAUUGGAGGUUCAUUAGGAUGUGCUGAAGGUGAAAAAUUAUCUCGAGGAUUUGAAUACGCUAGUUCUGAAGGAUUACCAGUUAUUAUCGAAAUAAGAUCUGGAGGUGCUCGUAUGCAAGAAGGUACAUUAUCUUUAAUGCAAAUGGCUAAAGUUAGUGUUGCUGUACGUGCAUUUAAAAGUAAACAUUUACCAUUUAUUACAGUUUUCCAAGACCCUACAUUUGGUGGAACAACAGCAUCAUAUGCUAUGCAAUCAGAUAUUAGAAUUGGAGUUUAUGGAGGAAGAAUUGGAUUUGCAGGUGAAAAAGUUAUUUUAAACACUGUUUAUAGAAUGGAUCAAGAAGCAUUUGAUAAAGCAUGUCCAAAAGGAUUUCAAAGUGCACAAUUUCUUCAUGACCAUGGACAAGUUGAUUUGGUUGUACAACAAGAUGAUAUUGAUUCAACUGUUAGUAAUAUACUUCGAAUACUCAAAGCUAAACAAACAGGAGUUAUGAUUGAUAAACCUAUCGAAGUAGAAAAACGUGGAACUAUUGAAAGAAAGUUUUCAUACACUACAUCAAGAACUGAUACAAGGGUACAAGCUAUUGAUAUAUUAGAACAUUUAUUUGAUGGAUUUAUUGAAUUGCGUGGAGAUGGAAAACAAGGUGCUGAUAAAUGUAUAAGAGGAGGAAUUGCUCUAUAUCAUAAUUAUCCAUGUGUAGUUAUUGCUACAAGAAAAGGACACAACCCUCAAGAAAUGAUUGAGUCAAAUUAUGGUAUGGCAUCUCCUGCUGGAUAUAGAACUGCUACAAGACUGAUGCUAUUAGCUGAACAAUUUGCUCUUCCAGUUAUUACAUUAGUUGAUACUCCUGGUGCUUAUCCAUCAUUUGAAAGUGAAAUUGAAGGACAACCUGAAGCUAUUGCCACUUCAUUAUUGACUAUGGCUGGAUUAAAAGUACCAAUUAUAACUGUUAUGGUUGGAGAAGGUGGAAGUGGUGGUGCAUUAGGUAUUGCUAUGGGUAAUAUUAUUGGAAUGUUAUCAGGUGGAUAUUAUGGAGUUAUUACACCAGAAGGAGCUGCAAGUAUUUUAUGUAGAUAUAGUUCAGACGAAGAUAAAGCAAAUAGAUUCCAUCAUGAUUGUGAAGAAAUUUCCCAAAAACAACAAAUUUAUUGUGUUGAUCUUAAAAGACUCGGAGUCAUUGAUGAAAUUAUUGAUGAAGUGGACAAAGAAACAUACGAUAAUUGCCCAAUUUUACUAAAGAGAGUUAAUGAGUUUAUUACUAAUUCUUUAACAACAUUAUUAAAAAUGGAACCUUCUGAACUUGUUUUGACUCGAUCAAAGAAGUUUAGAUUAAUGGGAAUUUAUGGUCAUUGUAAUCCUACUCCAAAGAAUUCUUCACCUGUUCCUCGUUUAGGUGGGGCUACUCCUGCACCAAUUGCAUCAUAUAAACCAGUAGCAACUCCACAACAAAUAAUUACAACACAAUCAGGAAAUGCAGCUGGAUUAAUUAAUUUUAUUGCUGAUGUAACCGUUAAUGCAAAUAUUAGUUUAAGAAAUAAAAAUGUACCAUCAGAUUGUUUUGUUAUUAAACAUCUUGAACCGGAAAAAAUAAUUGAAAAAGCAAGAAUUGAUAGUCCUAAAGGUAUUUUAGAUAGUCAAGGACCAGAUGCUCUUGUUGACUGGAUUAGAAAUCAAAAAGAAAUAUUAAUCACUGAUACUACUAUGAGAGAUGCUCAACAAUCAUUAUUAGCUACUAGAGUUAGAACUGCUGAUUUAUUAAGUGUCGCAGAAGAACAUUCCUGUCAAUUAGACCAUGCAUUUUCAAUGGAAAUGUGGGGAGGUGCUACAUUUGAUGUAUGUUAUAGUUUCUUACAUGAGUCACCAUGGGAAAGAUUAAGGUUAUUAAGAAAAAGAAUACCAAAUAUUUUAUUCCAAAUGUUAUUGCGUGGAAGAAAUGCAGUUGGAUAUACUAAUUAUCCAGACAACCUUAUUAAAGAAUUUGUAUUCCAAGCUGCUAAGAAUGGAAUGGAUGUAUUUAGAAUAUUUGAUUGUUUUAAUGAUGUUAGUUCAAUGGUCACAUGUGUAAAAGCUGUUAAGGAAGCUAAAAAGAUUGCGGAGUGUUGUAUUUGUUUCACAGGUAAUUUCAUGUCACCUGAUGAACAUAUUUAUACAUUAGAUUAUUAUAAAGAAGUGGCUAAAAAGAUUAAUGAGAUUGGAGCACAUUGCAUUGCAAUUAAAGAUAUGGCAGGUUUAUUUAAACCACAAAUGGCAAAACCAUUUAUGAAUGCAAUGAAAGAAGUUACUGAUCUUCCUAUUUUCUUCCAUUCACAUAAUACUAGUGGAACAAUUAUUAAUACCCUUAUUGCCUUAACAGAAGCUGGAAUUGCUGGUGUAGAUGUUGCUUUACCAGCAAUGAGUGAUUGUACUUCACAACCUUCAAUGGGAGCAUUCUUAGCUUGUAUUGAAGGAAGUGAGAGAGCUCCACAAAUUAAUUAUCGAAAACUUGAACGACUUGAUUCUCAUUGGAGAAAUAUCAGAAGUUUGUAUUUUACUAAUGAAAGUGGUAUGAAAGGAGGAACUACAAAAGUGUAUGAUCAUCAAAUGCCAGGAGGACAAUAUAGUAAUUUACAAGCCCAAUGCAAAGCACUUGGAUUAUGGGAGAGAUGGGAUGAAAUUACUAAGAUGUAUUCAGAUGUUAAUAAAGUAUUAGGAGAUAUUAUAAAAGUAACACCAUCAAGUAAAGUAGUAGGAGACCUUGCACUCUUUUUAGUUAAUAAAGGAUUAAAAGCAGAAGAUGUAUUAAAUCCAAACAUACCAAUUGAAUUUCCAGAGAGUGUAGUUGGAUUAGCUUCAGGUAAAUUAGGAUAUCCACAUAGAGGAUUUCCAGAUAAAUUUAUUGAAAGGGUGUUAGGAAAAAAUAAAGUUAUUAAAGUAAAUGAAAAAUUAGUUGACAUGGACUUCAGUCAAGCAAAGACUUAUUUACAAAAUAAAUAUGGAAGAGUUUUUAAAAUGGAAGAAAUAGUUAGUUAUGGACUUUAUCCAAAACAAUUUGAAGCAUAUUUAGAAUUUUAUAAGAAAUAUGGCGGAGAUUAUUUGCUUACAUUACCAACAUUAGUAUUUUUAUAUGGAAUGAAUAUUAAUCAAACUAUUAAUGUAUAUUCUAUUGAUCCUGAUAACUUAGAAGAUGUGACUAUUAAAUUAAUUAGAGUUGGUCCUUUAACUCUUGAAGAUACUAGGUCAUUAGCAUUUGUUGCUAAUGGAUGUAGACACGAUGUAAAAAUAAAUGAAACUCAAGGACAAAGAUGUACCCUUCAACCAGCUGAUAAAAAGAAUAUUACUCAUUUAGCAUCACCAUUAUUAGGAAAUGUUGGAACAGUAUUUGUUAAAGAAGGAGAUGAAGUUGUAAAAGGAGCACCUAUAAUGACAGUAGAAGCAAUGAAAAUGAAAAUAACUGUUGGUGCACAAUUUGAUGGUGUUGUUAAAAAAAUAGUAGCCUGUGAAGAUUCAAAAGUAGAGAAAGAUACACUUCUUGCUAUUAUUAUUCCAAGUACUACAGAAAAAUAA